AUGGUGAACCUCCCGACCGUCCAGGCGCACAAUGCGACUCUCUCCCUAACCUCCGGCCUCAUCGCGGUGUUUGUCGGUGGCACGUCCGGCAUCGCGCUUUCAACCGCCCUCGCCUUCGCCCGUCAAACUGCCUCGCCCAAAAUCUACCUCAUCGGGCGUAGCCAGUCGGCGGCCGAUGCUGCCAUCACGUCGAUGAAAGCCAUCAACUCCUCUGCCCAGGCAACCUUUCUCCAAAGCGACAUCUCCCUUCUCAAGAACGUCGACAGCGUCUGCGGCGAGAUUGCGGCCCGAGAGCGAAAAGUGAACCUGCUGUUCAUGACGCCCGGGUACAUCACGCUGAAAGGCCGGGACGAGACGGCGGAAGGGCUGGACCGCAAGUUCGUGCUUCAUUACUACGCGCGGAUGCGGUUCAUCACCCAGCUGCUCCCCCUGUUGAACGCCGGCGCUCACGACAACGGCCGUCUCUCCCGCGUCGUGUCUGUGCUGGACCCGAUGGUCUCCGUCCGCGCCGGCGGCUCCGGCACGCUCGACUUUACAGACCUCAGUCUGAAGCACACGUUUAGCCUGAGGAAAUGCGGCUGGCACGCCAGUCUGAUGGGCGAUUUCUUCCUGGAGAGCAUGGCGGGAAACUACCCGCACACCUCCUUUGUCCACGCGUACCCGUCUGGCGUGGCGACGGGGGUGUUGCGCGAACUGCCGGCUGGACGCGCGCUGUCGGCCAUCCUCACACCACUGUUAAGGCCGUUCAUGGUGCCCCUCGAGGAGAGCGGAGAGAGGCAUUUGUUUGCGGCGACGAGUGGGAGGUUUCCUCCGAAAGCUGAGGGGGGGGAGGCCACGGAGGGGGAUGUCGCUGUUGGCAGCGAUGGGACCAGGGGCAGUGGGUGUUACUGGGUGAGCUGGGACGGCGAGGUGUUUCCUCCAAACAAGAAGCUGGAGACGACGAGGGCGCAGGGCGCGGCAGAGAAGGUCGUGCAGCACACAGAGGAGGUUUUUAAGCAGCAUACUAAACAAUCCCAAUAUCAGGUGAUGACUGUUGCCUGCUCGCUUUCCCAGAAACCUCAAUUCCUAUCAUCCUACACUCUGCCACCUACCUCUACCUCUCCCCCUACCUGCCUCUCCCUCUACGCUAUUGCUAGCUGCAAGCUAAGUUCACUGGAAAUUACUGGAAAUUCUUUUAUUUCCACUUUUCACAGAGUAUUUUCCUGUUGUCUGACGGUAUGGGAAUUAGGUUGA